CCCCCCCCCAGCAAAUCCGUGCAGAGCAAGGUGGACUCCAUCCUGCAAGACGUGCAGAAGUUCUCGGACAGCGACAAACUCUACCUGUACCUGCAGCUGCCCUCGGGGCCCAGCCUGGGGGAGAAGAGGUGGCAGUCAGAGCUGUCGGAGCUGGUGCAGUCCUACCCCAGCGAGGUGAUGGAGGCCGCCUGUGCCCUGACCUGCGACUGGGCCGAGAAGAUCCUCAAACGCUCCUUCAACAACAUCGUGGAGGUGGCUCAGUUCCUGCUGCAGCAGCACAUCAUCAGCUCCCGCUCGGCCCACGCAGACCUGGUCAUGGCCAUGGUGGUCUCAGGUGGGUGAGGGACCAGCCCUGGGCCCCGUGGUGGUCUCAGGUGGAUGGUGAGGGACCAGCCCUGGGCCCCGUGGUGGUCUCAGGUGGAUGGGGGGGGACCAGCCCUGGGCCCCGUGGUGGUCUCAG